AUGCCUUCAUCUGAUUUGUCCACCAAUGGGAAAAAAAUUUUAAUUGUAGUAACAUGUUAUUUAACUCGCAAUUUUUUUGAUGUAAUCAAAAAUUUAUUAACAUAUCAAACAAAUCAUAAUGAUAAUAUAGGUCAUUUAACUACUGGUACUGAUAUCGAUGAAACAAGUAUGGAUGAAAUAAUUACUACGGAUGAACAAACUUUAAGUGAUAUUCCAACGCGUAAAUCAACAAAACAAUCUCGUUAUCAACAAAUACCUAGCGAAUUUGGUUUAAAAAUUUUACAAGAUUCACAAAUAAUAUCCCAACAUUGUUUAAUGAUACGUUUCGAUGGACUUUCAUGUCCAGAUACAUCAGCAAAAACAAAAAUACAAUUUUAUAUUUAUAUAUCAUGUGUACUUAAGAUUCAUGAUGAUAAUGAACCACUAGUUUGUACAUUACUUUCAUUAGUUAUAUUAAUGUAUGAUACAUUUCAACAAAUAUCAUCGAAUUUAUUUACUAGUGUUCUACUGAAAAUACCUGAUGUUACAAAUGAACAGCUUAGUAAUUAUCGUGAUAAAAUACAACGACAAUUAAAUGUACAACCGUUAAUGAGUCAAAAUGUGGCACAAAUGUUUAAACGUGAACUAUUAGUACUUAAUAAUCUACCACCAUUAACACGUUUUUCAAAAUGUUCAUUUCAUUCAACUUUACAAUAUCAUCAACAAACGAAUAUAGAUAAUGAAGAUGAUCAUGGAUUAGUUAAUCUAUUUUAA